GUUGCACGUUGCACUGCACUGUUGCAGAACGUGCGAUUUGAGAAUUGAGAGUAUUUCUUUGCCGUUUCGCUAGCGGCUCCGCCAGUGAUUUGUUAAACGUCACUUGAGCUGUUCGACACGUUGCAUUUUGUUCAUUUUUUAUUGGAUAAAGUACUUACCGAGUAAGAGAGAUAUAUUAUUCAGUGAUACUUCUAUCAAAUAAAUUUAUCAGCCACUAUGUCCAAGGAAGUAAUAUCAUCAGGUAUCUAUACAUCAGACAAGAAUGGUAACGACGAGACGGGAGAUGGUUCAGAGGUCAACCCGUUUAAAACUAUUCUAAGAGCAAUGCGUCAUGCCAAUAAGGAACCCUUUCCGAUUAUCUACCAGGACUCGCGUGAAAGUGGCAAGAAAUAUGAACCAGCAUCAAAGACGCAGUUAAAAAAGAUACAAAAGAUUUGGGUUAGAGAACAGUAUAAGGGUGAAGGGAAGGAGAAGAAGUUGCUGGAGGAUGAAGAGAAGAGAUUGAAAAAUCUUGAAGAGGCUAAAGCGAUUGUUAUAGAAGAGGAUAAGACUCUGCCGGAAGCAAAACAAAUCAAGAUAAAAGAAGCUCUUAGUCACAGGGAUCAAAGAGUCAAAAUAUACGGAUGGGUGCAUAGACUAAGACGACAAGGCAAAGCCCUUAUGUUCAUCACAUUGCGGGAUGGAACAGGCUUUUUGCAGUGUGUACUAACUGAUAAGCUGUGUCAAACAUAUAAUGCUUUGACUCUUGCCACAGAAGCUGCUGUUCAACUGUUUGGGGUCUUGAAAGCUGUUCCUGAAGGGAAAAAUGCACCGGAUGGACACGAAUUGUGCGUUGAUUAUUGGAAACUUGUUGGACCAUCGCCUCCUGGUGGCGCCGAUUCAAUAUUGAAUGAAGAAGCUCUUCCUGAUGUACAAUUGGACAACAGGCAUAUAAUGAUUCGAGGUGAAAAUACAUCAAAAAUCUUGAUUAUGAGAUCUGUAAUAAUGCAAGCAUUCAGAGACCAUUAUAAAGAGCGUGGUUAUUAUGAAAUGACUCCACCAACUUUAGUGCAAACUCAAGUAGAGGGUGGUUCGACUCUCUUCAAAUUAGAUUAUUUUGGAGAAACCGCUUUUCUUACUCAGAGUUCUCAAUUAUAUCUUGAAACGUGCCUUCCAGCCAUGGGAGAUGUAUAUUGCAUUGCCCAAUCAUAUCGGGCAGAGCAAUCGAGAACACGUCGCCACCUUGCUGAAUACACGCAUAUUGAGGCAGAAUGUGCAUUUAUCACAUUUGAUGAUCUACUUGAUCGACUAGAAGAUUUAAUUUGCGACGUAGUCGAACGAGUUCUACAAUCGCCGUAUGGUCAUCUUGUCAAAGAAUUGAAUCCUAACUUUCAAGUGCCCAAGAAGCCUUUCAAGCGAAUGAACUACAGCGAUGCGAUUGAAUAUCUAAGAGAAAACAAUAUCACAAAAGAAGAUGGCAGUUUUUAUGAGUUUGGAGAAGACAUUCCAGAAAUGCCAGAAAGAAAAAUGACCGAUGCUAUCAACGAGCCGAUAAUGCUUUGUCGUUUCCCCGCUGAAAUUAAGUCAUUUUACAUGCAACGUUGCACAGAGGAUAGACGCUUAACGGAGUCUGUUGAUGUACUUUUACCGAAUGUGGGUGAAAUCGUCGGCGGUUCGAUGCGUAUCUGGGAUUAUGAGGAGAUGAUGGAGGGUUACAGCCGUGAAAACAUUGAUCCGGCCCCGUACUACUGGUACACAGACCAGCGGAAAUAUGGAUCUUGUCCUCAUGGCGGUUACGGAUUGGGCUUAGAACGAAUUUUGUGCUGGCUGUUGAACAGAUAUCACAUACGCGAGGUGUGCUUGUAUCCGCGUUUCUUGGAGCGUUGUCGCCCAUAAAAGAAUAUUCUAUGGGAAUAUGGAUAUUACGUCGAUGAUUACAUCAGUAGAGAUAUGUUUCACUUUCUAAUAUUAUAAUAAUUUAUAAUACUGCGUUAUAUUAAAAAUAAUUACGUAACUAUACGAAAAAGUGAGCUCAUGGAAAACCUAAAUAAAGGAUUUAUGUUCAAGUA